CACGGCUAGCCGUACGGUACCCCUCAGUCCAAAACGCCACACAUCCGACUUUUCGGCGAGAAAGAAUCACCCAACAGCUUACGAAUCAAGCCCUAGCUUCAAAGGGCCACUCGUGCUCCCCAGCACACUCUCCACUUCUGACCACCGAAUUCGAAUGAAAAACUUCUACCUAGAUAACGACAAUCUACAACAGCAAGGUGAAUGUGCACUGCCUCUAAAACCGACGGCGAACACAGAUUUGAUAUUGAAGACCAUUAUGGAUCACUUUGCCUUUCAUGAUGCGCCAGUAGAUGUAAAGGAGAUGGCCGAAAGCAUGGAAUUUUAUCUCAGAACCCGUAAGCGACUCAUGGGCAUGGCGAAGAAACGCAUCAUGAAGAACGCAAGGUCUGGGAAUGGAGACGAAGAUUCAAUAUGCACGAAGUGUGAGGUGAACGAGAAGAUUGUACAAGUGUUUGACAUGUGUUCGGGGCAUGGUCUUACAGGGAUGUUAUUUGCCGCAUGCAAUCCACCCAAAGCAACUCAAAACAAUCGAACGCUGGUAGUAGAAACCCAUCUAGUUGACGUGGUGGAACCGCUCUCCCAUGUCGUAUUAAGGGAAUUAAUUGCAGACGUUUGUCCCUGGAUCAAGGACAACGUUUAUUUCCAUGCUUGCCGAUUGGAGGAAUUGAUCACGACAAAUGAUAGAUCGACCGACGUUUCCAUCGAGUGCAGCAACGAGAACGAUUCCGAUACAGCUGUAGUUGCAGGUUCUUGUCCGAUUGUGAUUGCCACCCAUGCCUGCGGAAAAUUGACGGAUCAGGUGUUGCAUCAAGCUGUCGACAUGAAUGCGUGUGCCAUUGCAGCUAUGCCAUGUUGCUAUACUGGGACGGACAAGGGAGUUUCAUACGGUAUUAGGAGGGCUUUGGGUGUCGCCUGGGCGGCAGAUAUAAGAAGAACCCAGUUUCUGGAUGACAACAAGUAUCAUGUUGAUUACGCAACAAUCCCCCUUGAAAUUACGCCCUUAAAUCGUAUCAUUAUGGCCGAAGAGAGACUUUGAUAAGUCUGGAUUAAUUAAUCAUCUGAACACAC